UUCAAUUCAUGGUUCGAGAAUGCCGAAGAGGAUCUGACCGAUCCGGUUCGUUGUAACUCGCUUGAAGAGAUCAGUGCAUUACGAGAAGCACACGCUGAAUUCCAUAAAUCGCUAUCGACGGCUGAAGAAGAUUUCAAGCAAUUGCAACAACUUGAUAAACAAAUUAAGUCAUUCAAUGUUGGUCCAAACCCGUACACGUGGUUCACUAUGGACACGCUUGAAGAGACAUGGCGAAAUCUGCAAAAGAUCAUUAAGGUUUCUUUUCGAUUCGCUCAUCUGAAGAUUUUUUUUGUUUUGCUGAGAAUAAGUCCGUGGAUGAGUUGA